GCACCGCAAUCGGGCGCAAAGACGCACACUCGCGGUGGGCGAGGCUCCGGGGUUCCCAUUGGGUUAAACGAAAACUGAUCUGAUUUGCUUUUUAACCCCACAAGGGGAGAAGGGGAGACCGGGGCGGACGGGCAGGGUUUGUGUUUGUGCGUGUGUGUCCAGGAGGAGGAGGAGGAGGAGGAGGCGGCGCCAAGGUGUAGCCUGCGCGGCGCGGCGCCUCGCGGGCUGUGUGCGUGUCCCUGUCCGCGCUGCUGAAACCGGCUCUUCCAGGGAAUCGCGUCACAUGACUCCGCCUGCCCCUCGCCAGCGCGCAGCUCGCCGCUCCCUCAGUUUCCCAGGUGCCAGGGGAGGGUCUCGCGGCAUCUCCUGGGGCCCCGGGCUCUGCAGAGCAGAGAAGAGGUUCCAGCGGGGAAUGGCACAUCUGGAUUCCAAAAGCCACGACUCGGCGCCAGAUCCCAGAGUGUAGUUAUUUCAGGGGGGGAGGGGAGAACGAGAAGGAGGCAGCGCGCGCGGACAGGGGGCUGCCAGUGCCGCGCGGAGAAGAUGUAAGCGCGUGGGGUCUAGCUGGCCUCCGAGCACCAUGCAGAAAGGGAUCCGGCUGAACGAUGGCCAUGUCGCAUCCCUGGGGCUGCUGGCACGCAAGGACGGCACGCGCAAAGGCUACCUGAGCAAGCGGAGUUCGGACAACACAAAAUGGCAAACCAAGUGGUUUGCGCUGCUGCAGAACCUGCUCUUCUACUUCGAAAGCGACUCGAGCUCGCGGCCCUCUGGGCUCUACCUGCUGGAGGGCUGCGUCUGCGACCGAGCGCCCUCCCCAAAGCCUGCGCUCUCGGCCAAGGAGCCGCUGGAGAAACAGCAUUAUUUCACAGUUAACUUCAGCCAUGAGAACCAGAAAACCUUGGAGCUGAGGACAGAGGAUGCGAAGGACUGUGACGAGUGGGUGGCGGCCAUCGCUCAUGCCAGCUACCGGACCCUGGCCACAGAGCACGAAGCCCUGAUGCAGAAGUACCUGCACCUGCUGCAGGUGGUGGAGACGGAGAAGACCGUGGCCAGGCAGCUGCGGCAGCAGAUCGAGGAUGGCGAGAUGGAGAUCGAGCGGCUGAAGGCAGAGAUUGCAUCCCUGCUCAAGGACAAUGAGCGCAUCCAGUCCACCCAGACUGUCACCCCCAAUGAUGAGGACAGCGACAUCAAGAAAAUUAAGAAGGUGCAGAGCUUCCUGCGGGGCUGGCUGUGCCGGCGCAAGUGGAAGACCAUCAUCCAGGACUACAUCCGCUCGCCCCACGCCGACAGCAUGCGCAAGCGCAACCAGGUGGUGUUCAGCAUGCUGGAGGCCGAGGCCGAGUACGUGCAGCAGCUGCACAUCCUGGUCAACAACUUCCUGCGCCCGCUGCGCAUGGCCGCCAGCUCCAAGAAGCCCCCCAUCACGCACGACGAUGUCAGCAGCAUCUUCCUCAACAGCGAGACCAUCAUGUUUCUGCACCAGAUCUUCUACCAGGGGCUGAAGGCGCGCAUCUCCAGCUGGCCCACUCUGGUCCUGGCCGACCUGUUCGACAUCCUGCUGCCCAUGCUUAACAUCUACCAGGAGUUCGUCCGGAACCACCAGUACAGCCUGCAGAUCCUGGCCCACUGCAAGCAGAACCGCGACUUCGACAAGCUGCUGAAGCACUAUGAAGCCAAGCCGGACUGUGAGGAGAGGACGCUGGAGACCUUCCUCACCUACCCCAUGUUCCAGAUCCCCAGGUACAUCCUGACGCUGCAUGAGCUCCUGGCCCACACGCCUCAUGAGCACGUCGAGCGCAACAGCCUAGACUACGCCAAGUCCAAGCUGGAGGAGCUGUCCAGGAUAAUGCACGACGAAGUGAGCGAGACUGAGAACAUCCGGAAAAACCUGGCCAUCGAGCGCAUGAUCAUCGAGGGCUGCGAGAUCCUGCUGGACACCAGCCAGACCUUCGUGAGACAAGGCUCCCUCAUCCAGGUGCCCAUGUCCGAAAAGGGCAAGAUCACCAGGGGGCGCCUGGGGUCUCUGUCCCUGAAGAAAGAGGGCGAGCGGCAAUGCUUCCUGUUCUCCAAGCACCUCAUCAUCUGCACCAGAGGCUCUGGCGGGAAGCUCCACCUGACCAAGAAUGGAGUCGUGUCCCUCAUAGACUGCACCUUGCUGGAGGACCCAGAAAGCACGGAGGAAGAAGCCAAAGGGCCCGGCCAGGACACGGACCGCCUGGAUUUUAAGAUCGGGGUGGAGCCGAAGGAUGCCCCGCCCUUCACAGUCAUCCUUGUGGCCUCAUCCAGGCAGGAGAAGGCAGCGUGGACCAGUGACAUCAGCCAGUGUGUGGAUAACAUCCGGUGUAAUGGGCUCAUGAUGAACGCCUUUGAGGAAAAUUCCAAGGUCACAGUGCCACAGAUGAUCAAGUCCGACGCGUCCCUGUACUGCGACGACGUGGACAUCCGCUUCAGCAAGACCAUGAACUCCUGCAAAGUACUGCAGAUCCGCUACGCCAGCGUGGGGCGGCUGCUGGAGCGGCUCACCGACCUGCGCUUCCUGAGCAUCGACUUCCUCAACACCUUCCUGCACUCCUACCGCGUCUUCACCACGGCCGUCGUGGUCCUGGACAAGCUCAUCGCCAUCUACAGGAAGCCCAUCAGUGCCAUCCCCGCCAGGUCGCUGGAGCUCUUGUUCGCCAGUGGCCAGAACAACAAGCUCCUGUACGGUGACCCCCCAAAGUCCCCACGUGCCACCCGCAAGUUCUCCUCGCCCCCGCCGCUGUCCAUCACCAAGACGUCCUCGCCCAGCCGCCGGCGGAAGCUCUCCCUGAACAUCCCCAUCAUCACGGGCGGCAAGGCCCUGGACCUGGCCGCCCUGGGCUGCAGCUCCAACGGCUACGCCAGCAUGUACUCGGCCAUGUCGCCCUUCGGCAAGGCCACGCUGGACACCAGCAAGCUCUACGUGUCCGGCGGCUUUGCCAACAAGAUUGCAGACGAGGGUGACGUGACCGCCGAGAAGCCGGAAGACCCCUCGGCCCCCAGCAAGCAGGGCUCAGACGUCUCCAUGAGGGAAGAGUCAGAUACUGAUGAAAACCCGAGUGAUGACGGUGAUACUGAGCCGUCACCAACUAAGUCGCCAACAACACCAAAAUCCAUCAAGAGCAAAAAUUCCUCAGAGUUCCUGCUCUUCUCCUACAACAACGGGGUCGUCAGGACCCCCUGCCGCGACCUGGACAACAACCGAAGUGCCCUGUCGGCGGCCUCUGCCUUUGCCAUCGCGACCGCGGGUGCCAACGAGGGUGCCCCAAACAAGGAGAAGUACCGGAGGAUGUCCCUGGCCAGCGCAGGUGCCCGGGGGGGCCUGUCCACCUUUGGCCGCUUGGCGCUCGCGGGCCCCAGGCCUUGGCCAGUGCUGAGCCACCAUCGCUUCCCCCACCCCCCACCACCGCAGGACUUUGAGACCAAUGACGAGCUCAAGUGCAAGGUGAUCAGCUUCCUGGAGGAGGUCAUGCAUGACCCGGAGCUGCUGACCCAGGAGCGGAAGGCUGCGGCCAACAUCAUCAGGACUCUGACACAGGAGGACCCAGGUGACAACCAGAUCACACUGGAAGAGAUUACGCAGAUGGCCGAGGGCAUGAAGGCCGAGCCCUUUGAAAACCACUCCGCCCUGGAGAUCGCAGAGCAGCUGACCCUCCUGGACCAUCUGGUCUUCAAGAAGAUCCCUUAUGAGGAGUUCUUCGGACAAGGCUGGAUGAAACUGGAGAAGAACGAAAGGACCCCUUACAUCAUGAAAACCACUAAGCAUUUCAACGACAUCAGUAACUUGAUUGCUUCCGAAAUCAUCCGCAACGAGGACGUCAACGCGAGGGGCCUGGCGGCAGGAGUGAAAACCUUGUGUUCAUGCCAUCUGCUUCCAAGCUGUGACCCUCCCUGUGUCCCUUACCUGGGGAUGUACCUCACCGACCUGGCCUUCAUCGAGGAGGGGACGCCCAACUACACGGAGGACGGCCUGGUCAACUUCUCCAAGAUGAGAAUGAUAUCCCAUAUUAUCCGAGAGAUUCGCCAGUUUCAACAAACCGCCUACAAAAUAGAACAUCAGGCAAAGGGCGGCUGUGGCAGCUGCUGGACCUUCUCCACCACGGGCGCCCUGGAGUCUGCGAUCGCCAUCAAAACGGGGAAGAUGCUCUCUUUGGUUGUUCAUGGAGCGAAGACCAGUGUGAGGGUGAUGGCCUCCUGUGUGGGCUGGCGCUGA